AUGGUCAGAGAAUUAAUAGCGUGUUUCCAGUAUGUAAAGGUGGAGUAUAUCCCUCGGGCCAUGAAUAUAGAAGCAGAUCUAUUGUCUCGGAUUGCCUCUUCCUCUUUUCCUACAAGCUCCCGAGAAAUUCGGAUUGAGUCCCUACCACAAAAGAGUAUCAAAGAGGUCGCUGAUCAACUAUGUGUGAAGGAUGAGCCUAGCUGGAUGGAUCCUUUUUUGUUAUACUUAAGAGAGGAGAAACUCCCCGAGGAUGAUUCGGAAGCUCGAGAAGUUAGAAGGAAAGCCCGAAGCUUCGUGUUAGUUAAUUGGGAGCUUUAUAGGAGGUCAUUUUCGCAACCGUUGCUCAAGUGCAUCAGGCCUAGCGAAGCAGACUAUAUCCUGAGGGAAAUUCAUGAAGGCAUAUGCGAAAGCCAUAUCGGAGCUCGAACCCUCAGCCAAAAAGCCUUUCGGCAGGGGUACUAUUGGCCGACAAUGGUGAAGGACUCAGAGCAGCUGGUCAGGACCUGCGACAGAUGCCAGAGAACCUCCAACUUGGUUCAUGUACCGGAUGUCACCCUAGCUCAUUUAGCUACGCCUUGCCCCUUUUCUUAA